AUGAAAGCCCAAAUGCUUAUGACCAUAGGCUAUGUGGCGGAUAAAACUUGGUUGAAACUAAAAUCGUGAAUGUAUUCAUUCGGUAUAAAAAUGCAAGAUUUUUUUCUGUUAUGGUCAAUGGGAAAUGGCGAGGUGCAGUGAACGCCACAAUGGUCUGAAGCAGCAUUUCUUCAGCCCGUUUCAUUUCACGAAGUUCUGAUUAACAUUGCUGUCUGGCAAGUUCUGGUAAAGUUUUCAUUGGUUGCUUUAUGUAGCGCAAGGGGAAGCCUUAUUGAUGGCCGGACAACCAAUGGAAAGUCCAGUACCCUUUUCAACAAUAUAGAUUUAACCAAUAAGAAGUGCCUUGAGGCGGGUAUGAAAAUUCUAUGGUAAUCUAGUAGAGUAGCAAGGUAAACAUCAGUUGUUCCGCAGUUUUAUUUAAAGCGCUGUUCAGAUUGGCAACCCUGGCGGUGUGAAGGAGAGCCAUUAUGGCAGGUGAUAUGAUCUUGGUGGUGAGAGGGCUGUCCAAGCUGAGCCAGGCAGUCACAGAGAUACAGGCUACUGCCCCACUCAGCAGUGCUGUCCUGGAGGUGGGCCACAGCGUGCAGGUGACCAUCAUGCGCUCCCUGAGUGUCAGUGCGCAGAAGAUUCAGGAUGUCUCCCAUUUCGGGGCAGACAGGGAUGUAUGGUUGGAAUUUUCUGCUGCUAAGAGUAACCUAGUAGACUUUGGACUGGCCAGUUUCAACAAGUCACUUAAGGACUGUGGCCAUUGGCAGAAGGGGGUUGAGAGUGGGGUGCCCAGAAAAUUUGCACGUACUUUGUGGACAGUAGCUGGAGGAUACAUCUUCAAGGGUGAUACAGACCCAAGUGGACAGUGUUUUGGGCAGACUCGCUGCUUUCACAGGGACCACUCUUCGGUCAGUGGACUUGCGGCCGAGGAUCUUAACAAAGCCAGUGAGACUAAGAAGAGCAAUUCCAAACCCCACAAGCAAAUGCUUAGUGAAAGAGCAAGAGAGCGAAAAGUUCCGGUCACACGGAUAGGGAGACUGGUGAAUUUUGGAGGUCUGGCAGUAGGUCUCGGCAUUGGGGCAUUGGCAGAAGUGGUCAAAAAAUCUCUGAGGUCUGAGGAGCGAAAUGGAGGAAAAAAGGCCAUUCUGGACUCCAGCCCCUUUCUGUCCGAGGCAAAUGCAGAGAGGAUUGUCCGGACGCUGUGCAAGGUCCGUGGGGCAGCCCUGAAGUUGGGCCAGAUGCUUAGCAUUCAAGACGAUGCCUUCAUCAACCCUCAGCUGGCUAAGAUCUUUGACCGAGUUCGACAGAGCGCAGACUUCAUGCCAACUAAACAGAUGAUGAAAGCCAUUAGCAAUGACCUGGGUGCAAACUGGAGGGACAAACUGGAGUUCUUUGAGGAGAGGCCGUUUGCUGCUGCUUCCAUCGGACAGGUGCACCUGGCUCGGAUGAAGGAUGGCAGGGAGGUGGCCAUGAAGAUCCAGUACCCAGGAGUGGCCCAGAGCAUAGACAGUGACGUGAACAAUUUGAUGACCGUUCUGAGCAUGAGCAAUGCACUGCCUGACGGCUUGUUUCCGGAGCAUUUGAUUGAGGUAAUGAGCCGGGAGCUGGCACUGGAGUGUGAUUAUGUAAGAGAGGCCAAGUGCGCUAAGAAGUUCAAGGAGCUAAUGAAGGACCAUCCUUUCUUCUACGUACCUGAUGUGAUUGAUGAGCUCAGCAGCCAGCAUGUCUUCACCACCGAGCUGGUGCCUGGAUUUCCCCUUGACAAGGCUGAUAGCCUCUCCCAGGACCUCAAAAAUGAAAUCUGUGAGAACAUCCUGAUCCUAUGCCUCAGGGAGCUGUUUGAAUUUAGAUACAUGCAGACUGACCCCAACUGGUCCAACUUCUUCUAUGAUCCACAAACACACAGGGUUGCGCUGUUAGAUUUUGGUGCCACCAGAGGAUUUGAUGUGAGCUUCACUGACAUCUACAUUGAGAUUAUUAAGGCAGCGUCAAUAGGAGACAGGGAGGGGGUGCGACAGCGGUCAAUAGACAUGAAGUUUCUCACGGGGUAUGAGACGAAGGAAAUGGAGAAUGCCCACGUGGAUGCGGUGAUGAUCCUGGGUGAGGCCUUCUCUUCUGAUGAGCCAUUUGACUUUGGCGCUCAAAGCACCACAGAGCGCAUCCAUAGCCUCAUCCCCAUCAUGCUGAGGCAACGCUUGACCCCACCCCCUGAAGAGACCUAUUCGCUGCACCGCAAGAUGGGAGGAUCCUUCCUCAUCUGCUCCCGCCUUGGCGCUAAGCUGACAUGCAAAAAGAUGUUCCAGGAUGCCUACAGCAAAUACUGGAGCUGUCGUCAAAAAGACCACAGUCAGUGACCACAACUGUAAUUUGAGGACAAACUUCAGUGCGAGGAGGAGUGGGAGCAGGGCGGGGUGAUUUUGCUCCGACUCGGCCAGUGAUAUGAACUGAAUGUGAAUAUCACUUUGUUCUUGAUCUUUGAAGAGUCUGCAUUUUUCUUUGCUUGCUGAGGCAGUGUUAAAGGGCACCAAGAAGUUCUUUGAAAAUAUACCCACAUAAUCUGUAUAGAUUAGAAUGUCGGACCAGAAGUUUUCCUUUGUUUUAUUUUCCUCUUCAUACAACUUUGUUUUUCAUGAAACAAUCAUAUUAAGAUCAUUGGAUAUAUUUACUAAAUGACAAUAAUAAGAUCAAGAACUGAUAUGUUUUUCAGAGAAUGACCAUAUGUGCCUUAUGAUGGAGGUAGUAAUCACCAUAGGAAUUGUUUUUUGUCCAGAGAGAAGAGUCUGGUCAUAUGAGGACUUUUCUCCUUAUAUGAGGAAUUCAUGUGAAGUAAAAGUAGAGCAGUUUUUGAAUGUGUAUCACGAACAAAUGCAGGGUGAUUAAAUUGAUUAAAUCAUGUAUUUGUAUUGUAUAAUAACCUAUUAUCAAGCACAGACAAGGGUUACAUGCAGAAAUCAGAAAUUUUAUUUGAGCACAGGGUGCUGAAGAUGGUCAUUAUGUGUAAACGUAAUCUAAGAAAAAGCUACCUCUGUUAUCCACACCCAGCAAGUGAGGAUUGGUUUGACAUAAUUCUUUUUGGACAUUAGGCAGCCACAGCAUUUUGGCCCACAAGUAUUACACACAUUGGCGUAUUGUCAUUUCUACUGGGUGAAGUAUCUAAAGACUGAGAUCUAUGUGUCUGAAGCUGUUAUUUUCAUUGAUGUUUUUAUUGUUUCUCAUCUCCAUGUUAGAAAUUCUUAUCUGUAAACAGUUUUGUCUUGGGUAAAUGAAAUUGGAAUAUCAGGAAUUAUGAACAUUGAUUCUGGUAUUGUCAAUCAUUUUGUGAGGUCGGCAAUUAAAAUGUUUUAGUUAGUAGAAGAGCCUGAGAUAUUAGAAGGUAAUGGAUUGUGUUUGAAUUUUCAGGUUUCUACCUACUAUUGAGUUGGAAAAACCAAAAUUUACUUUCUAAAUUGUGACAGUGGUUCCAUAAAUGCAUAAUUGGCACAUUUUAUCAGAAUUGUAAUCCAAAUAUCAGACAUUCAACCUGAAAAAAUUAUAUUGUCGUAAUUUCUGUUGUUCCGAUUUUAAUUAUAUAUAGUAAUGCAGGCAAGCUGCAGUCUGGCACUGUGGGAGAGAUAAAGCAAAACACUGUAUUGCAUCAUUUGUGAGACUCCACAGUUACAAUCACGUGCACCUUCCUGUCACCAUUAAAAAGUUCCUGUCAAUACUGAAAAAAUGGGUGAAGGGUGAGUUCUGCAGAUAAACUGGAACAUCCUGUUCUGUAAGACAUUUUGCAUAGUGUAUACGUGUGGAGAAAGAGACUUAAGAGGAUUAACUUCAGUACAGAAAUUGGCUUCAGAUUUCUUAUACAUUGAGCUCUUUUAGUGGCUAAUUUCCUAUUCACUUGGGAAGCGAUGACCUUGUGUGGUGUUAUCAUAAAAGCAAAACCAAUAUUGAUUGAACCAGGAGCUUUCCCACAAGAUGGCAAGGGAAAUUGUUAUGGGUAUGUGUCAUUUAGCAUGUGGUAAAUAGAUUCACUUCUGAAACUCCCAAUUAAUGUGUCUGUUCUGUUUGAAAAUAAAUAUAGCAGGAAGAGCAAUGAAAUUAUGUAUAUCCACAUUAAAGGAAAAAAAAAAAACUUAAUGAAACGCAUUAAUUAUACUGUAUCAUGUACUGACAGCUUCACUAAUCUGGUGAUAAGCAGACCAGCCUACUGGAAGGUAACUGGAUUGUAUAGUAUCUCUUGUGUGUUUUUCCCUAUGACUGUGUGUUCAAGUUGGUUUCAGACCAUAAUCAGGCCCCUCUGAGGGGGCUUAAUGUAUCUCAACUAAAACACAUUUUACAAAAAUGCCAAGUUAAGCGUACCAAGCACUGUCUAUAAGUCAUUAAUUGUUAUGUGCAAAAACUAGGCCUGUCAUUAAAUUAUUGAUAUGAAAAUGUGGCUAAGUUGGAACAAACAAUUUUGGCUAUCAUAGCCCACAUAAAUUAAACAAGCUGUAUUCCAAAGGAAUGCUACCUACA